CUCCAUCUCCUCGGUCCUGUGACCUAUAGAGAACCCUUCUCCAUCUCCUCGGUCCUGUGACCUAUAGAGAAUCGUUCUCCAUCUCCUCGGUCCUCUCUCCCACAGGACGACUGCUGUAAUAGCAUCGGGGGCGCGCAGCAGCGAACACGGAGACCUGCCUACGUAACCGAAAAGAUCAAGUCAAACUGCAGUCUGACGCUCGACCCCUUCUCAGUGUAACCUAGUUUCACCGGAUCAAGGCUUCUAGUGUCCUGUAUCAAAGGAGAACUUUGAAAAGGAGAAGUUUUCUUUCUUUUUCCCCAAGGGAUUACAUUUUUUAAGAGAUUUUGCCUUCGUAGUUGAGCAACUUUUUGGAUCGCCUACAUUACCGGACUAUUAAACCGGUUUACACAAUGAGUGCCACCGAGGGUCUUUUUUUCUCCGCAAUACAGCCAAAUACCUCGGUGACCACGUACGCAGUCCCGUCCGACAGCCAGCUCGGAUCUGAUCAUUUGACCAAAACGAAACGCGUUCAACAGCAGGUCCAGCAACGCCUGGCCGAAAAGGCGUCCUCCCUCACGAGGAUAAAUGCAGCUCAUUUUCCGUCCUCAGAAUAUAAUGGCACAUCUUCAAUGAGGUACCAUGGACAAGGCACCAGAACCAGCCCCAAGACACUGAUGUACAAUGGCAGCAGGGUUAUGUACGGAGGAGGGUUCAGCUCCCGCUCGGCUGUGGAGGUGGGCUCUCAGCGCAGGAUCAGCCAGGGCAUACCCAUGCCUGCCGUCGUGGGCCGCCCGUACCAGUUCUACGACGACAUGUACAUCGGCAGUCACCACGGUGGCCAGACGCACGCCACCGAGUCCAGAGCCGUCAGCCGGGUGGAGCAGGAAGCAGCAUCAGUCGGCCUGCAAAUGCAGCCGCGGCAGUCCUCGCCCACGCACAACUGGCUAACUCAGGAUGGUGUGGCCUCGUUGGAUCAUCAGGGGUACUACGGUCACAGCACUACGCCCAACAUACCUAUAAGACGCACCCUUAGUGGCACGUUGGCGCAUGAGGGGAUUGCCAGAGGAUGGAGGGAGGCAGAGCUUGCUCAUCAGUAUUCAUUCAAGGGCCCUGCCCACCGGACCAUCACCCGCAUGAAUAACCGGCAGCUGCAGAACCAAAGAAUGAGCAACAGCUCCAUGCAGUGGCAGCAGGUGUCCACCGGGGGCAGCACCACGAUGGCCGGGGGGCACUACCAGAGUGGCAUGAGGCGAGCAGGUUCUGUGCACAGCCUGAAGAGCGUGGGCCGUGGGGCGGAUGUGUGUGAUGUGAUGGCUGACGGUGGUGAUGUUUCUGGGGGACUCCACAAUUUGGACAUGCAAACUGCUGUCGGCUAUCUCAGCUCCUCAGACGUUGCCAUGCAAACGUUGGGAGCCGCCUACAUCCAACAUCAGUGUUAUCACAGCAGUGAUGCCAAGGAACUGGUCCGAGCCCUGAAGGGCAUCCCCGCCCUGGUGCAGCUCUUCAGCAGCGAGAACCAGGAGGUGCAGCGCUACGCCACGGGCGCUACGCGGAACCUCAUCUACGAGAGCAUGGAGAACAAGAGUGCCCUCAUCGAGUCCGGCGGUAUCGUCAAACUCGUCGCUGUGCUGAAGGAGCCAGACGAUGAGCUCCGCAAGAAUAUCACAGGCAUUCUGUGGAACCUGUCAUCGAAGGACAGUCUGAAGGAGAAGCUGGCACGGGAGAGCUUGCUGGAGCUGACUGAGAGGGUGCUGCUCCCUCUGUCUGGAGGGGAAGAGUCUGCCGUUAUCCAGCAGAGUCCAUCCGAGGCCGACAUCUUCUACAACACUACAGGCUGCCUCAGAAACCUGAGCUCAGUGAAUGGGAGGACCAGGCAGCAGAUGAGAGAAACUCGUGGCCUGGUGGACUCGCUGGUGGGGUAUAUCCAGAACUCACUCCAGGAGGGAAAAACCGAAGACAAGGGUAUAGAGAAUUGUGUGUGUGUGCUGAGAAACCUGUCCUACCAGCUAUACACCGAGAUUCCCCAGUCAGUGCAGUUGCGCUUGGAGGGGCCUACACGAGCUCACGACACACACAGCAGAGAUGCUAUCAGCUGCUUUUCUCCACAAGGCAAGAAAACAAAAAAUCAGAGGAACCAGGAGCUGUCAGCUUUCUCUGAGGUGGCUCGGGUGCCCAAGGGGGCAGAGUGGCUGUGGCACCCUCAGAUAGUAGCUCUGUAUAAUCAAGUGCUGCAGAACUGCGAGACAAACGCCGCCUCCCGCGAGGCUGCAGCUGGGGCCCUGCAGAACAUCACGGCAGGGGAAGGCCGGUGGGCGUCGGUCUUGAGUCGAGUCGCCCUGGAGCAUGAGCGGAUACUUCCCGUAAUUCUGGACCAACUGAGAACCCCCACCGAUGUGGAGAUGCGCUCCCUCACUGGCUUGCUGAGGAACCUGUCUCGCCACUCCAAGAACAAGGCCGACAUGGCUACUAAAGUGGUGAACGUCCUGGUGGCCAAGCUGCCAGCAGACGGUCUGCAGAAGGAGCCGUCGGCGGACGUCGUGGUUAACAUCUGUGGCAUCCUCAACAACCUGGUCAUUACGAGCUCGGUGGCAGCCCGAGACAUCACUUACUUCGACGGCCUGCCCAAGCUGGUUGCCAUCAAGAUGUCCCAUGACAACAGUCCAGGCAAGCUGAAAGCUUCUAAGGCUGCCGCUACGGUGCUAUGCAACAUGUUUCAGUACAGCAAACUCCACAAAGACUACAAGCAGAAAGGGUUCACGAGGCGAGACUUUACCGAAGCGAUUUGACAUGAACACCCCGUUCGAAGAAACGCAGAGAGGACGGUCUUGUGCGAAACCUAACCUGAACGAAGCAGUAAUCCACUGAGCCCAACAGAGAGGCAGGCCAGGUGACUCGGACUGAACGAAGCCUGACACCAGCUUGCCGGAGCACUUCUUUUUUUCUUUUUUUCUUUUUUUUUCUUUUUUUUUUUUGAUUGCAGUGGAUUUCUGAGAAGAGUUCUAUUUUUUGACAUCAUUGGAAUGGGAUGCAACUGGAUAGAAAUUUUGGAUCAGCAUCAUCUCAUUAAAGGGAGUAACGUGCCCCGGCUCCUGUAACAGGACAGUGUGAAAUGGAUUAAUGAGCAUAAAUGCUUGACUGAUUCUGGUCAACAGCUCAAGCACACACCCAUUCACAAAUCCCAUUGGUGAAAGCAAAGUAUCUUGCCAUGGACCACAGCGAAAAUUGUGUCACGCUAAGUCUAAUGAACAUGCCCGAAUGAGGGCGUGUAUGUGUGUGGGUGUGCGUGGCAGACAUGCACUGAAACAUCAAAUUGUUGAAACCCCUAGACUCAACCCCCCUUAAAUUAAGGUGCCACCUUGUUUUUGAAAGUGGCUUUUUAGGGUUCAAUCAUUACUAAAAGUCCAAUUAUACUAAAAUAAAAAUGUUAACGGGAAUUUGGAGUAUAACUAAAUGAGGAUUUGGAAGAGAAGCCCAAGAUAUGUUUUUUAUAUGCUUAUGUCAAGGACAAUCAUUAACAAACUGUGCGAAUGGAGAGGUGUAUCCUAUGCUGGGGACUCAGCUGUGCCUGUUGACAUGUGUAACAGCUUGUGUUCUGUUUGGGAAUGAGUUGAAUUGGAUGUCAUGCUUGCGCUCUCCCUCCCUCACCUUAGUGGUGGGGUUUAUGCCGGGGCGUCCACCUAGUCACUUGAUUAACAUUUUCUUCCAAACGUGUCUGAGGUGCUUAGCAGUGCUGUGUGACUAACACGUAAUGCCCUUCACUCUUCCAGAACAGUCGCACACGACAGAGCGAUCGCAAAGAUGGUGAACUCGACAGCUAAAUGCAUUUAAAAAAAAGGGGGCUCUUAUAAGAGGUUUAUUUACUCCUAAUGCUUGAUUCAUGAGCAGUGCUUUUCAAGUAACACCCUGUAGGCUUUUAUGGUUGUUACAUAUUAAUCAAAGACAUUUGGUUUAAAACUUUUUUUUGUUAGUCACGAGAGUUCUGAUUACAGUAACAUGAAGCUACUAGAGCAUAUAGAGAUAAAAAUGAUUGAAGUACUGAAAUGAAAGUAGUAGCUGUUAGCCUAAAAGAUACUGUAGCUAGAAUUAUACAAAACAGGCUGAAACUAUGCUUAUAUUAACACAUUCACAAAACUAAAUAAUUUGGCAUCACAUUGUUUGGAGGUUGAAAACUAAAAUGUUUACAGUUGAGAGGUUUGUAAGCCUUUUGAAUUAUCUGGAUUGCUGCGUUAACUCUUAAUAUGUGAUCUGAAAUAAAAUAAAAGCAGUCUUACUUAGCAAAGAACACACGCAAGCUUUUGUAUCAUCACAUCCUCAUUAAGCAAAUGGUAGGUGUAGGUUAUUGGUGGGAAAAGUAUGUGAACCAGAGCUGGACUCAGGCAUCUUAAAAACAUCAACAGAAAACUGCUUACCUAUGUUUCACAACAAUAUUCUUCUGCAGUGUGCAUUAUGAGCAGCAAUAUGCCCUGAUCAAAUGAGAUUUCUGAGAAAUUUGUUGCAGAUUAAAAAAAACAUAGAAGGAAAUACUGCUAAGUUUGCAAAAAGGCUAUCCACCCCACCCCCAAUACCCCAAAAUGCUUCCAUUUGCUACAGACUGUCUAUUACUGGAACAAUGUUUUGUGGACAAAUGAGGCAAAGGUUUUCAUCUACUAAUCUAUGAAGUGUUGCUCAGAGAACGAGGGUGUGGAACAGUUUUGUAACCAUAUUAAAAACUUCUACACUAAAAUAUCA